AGUUUCAUUAUUAUACUAACAUUGAGUCAUUGCCGUUUGCAAUUUUUAAUUUUGCCGGUGCGAACAAAACAUAUUCGAAGACGCUGAAUUGUAUUUAUCUGUUUAUUGUCGGAAAAUGACUGAAACAAUGGCAUUUGAUCUGCAAGAUAAGUCUGCACACAUAAGUUCAUUAAAUAAAACUCCAGCCUCCAUUGUACAAGAGUAUGCAGCCAAAAAUCGCCUUGUUCCUCAGUAUGAUCUUAUACAUAACGGUGUUUCACAUAGUAAGGUCAGCUUUAAGUAUAGUCUGACUCUCGAUGAUUAUGUAGCUGUUGGCGAUGGAUCUUCCAAAAAAGAAGCCAAGCAUGUGGCAGCGUUAAAUCUUCUUAAAAUUAUGAUUGAGGAUAAACCAGAGUUGUUGAAUACUGAUUUUAAACAGUGGGAUUUUGAUAAUCAUGUUGUCUCUCCAUUUGAUAACAAUAUAAAAGUAAACGCUGUUGGGCAAUUGAAUGAUAUUUGCACAAAUAAUAAACUGGGAUUGCCUGAAUUUAAUUUAGUUAGAGAAGAAGGACAAGCCCAUGCUAAACUAUUUACUAUCAGUUGUCAUGUAGCUAAAAUGAUCGAAACAGCAACACACAAAACCAAAAAACAGGCCAAGCAUUUGGCUGCUGUUCAGAUGGUGAACAAAUUAAUGUCUAUUGACAAGUCACUGGUAAUGGAAGGGAAUCCAACUGUAUCUGAUUCAAUGAAAGUCUUGGAACAAGUUGAAAUUAUUAAAUCUGAGCAAAUAAAAAAAUCUUUGCCUAUGGAUGUAAAUUUUGAUAAUUAUCAUUUGCUUUUUAAAGAAACAACAACUGAAUGGUCAAACUCAGUUACACUUCAGAAGGUAAUGAGUCAGUAUAACAAAAAUGGUACAUUGGAAUUACCUGAAGCUUUUAAAGUUUUAUGCAAUGUUGUCACUGAAUGUGAUUUAUGCUUAACAUCAAAUGUUUUAGAUACAGAAAAUGUUGAAAGAAGAUCUAAUGUUUUUUAUAUUCUUUCUAUAAAUAAUGUAUACCCUGCUGUUCAUGGUUUGGGUGAGGGUGUAGACACUGCAUUUGCUCAACAAAUAGCUGCAAAAGAGUUACUCAUUGGUAUCUGUAUAUUAUUACAAUAAAGACAUUUAGUUAAUAUUUAUUCUGCCAUAAUUUGAAUGAAAUAAACAACAAAAAAUAUCAAAACAUUAGAAUUAUUAUGACCUUUUUCUUAAAUGUACUGUGUAUUAUUAGCUCGUCUAUUUUUACAUGAAUAAUUUUAAUUAUAAUUAUUAUUGUUGCCCAUAAAUGUUCUAAAAUAUAUUUUUUUUAUUUGUUUUAUAUAAUGUAUUAUGUUUAUUAAAUGUAUAUCUUACACUAA